AUGAAGAAAGAGCGUGCGAUGUCUGCCUACAAACUGCCUGUUAGCAUAUCAGUCCUAGUGACAUGUUCGCUUAUCGUACUGACUAGGACGAACACGGCAGCAGACUUUACCAACCUCGAUCAGCUAGCAAUACGCUAUUACAUCGCACUGGGUGUUCACCAGCUGACGAUAAUGAUGAUACUGACGGUCAUGAUACAUGUACUGACACAAACAAAAUAUAAUAGAGUUGAUCAUAGUUUUCGUGUUAUUUCGUUGAUUACACUCUGGAUAUCGGGGGUUGGGUAUUCAGCACUUACGUUGGGUCCGCUAUGGGGCAUUGUUGGGAUUAAUAUUUAUCACACAUUGGUAUAUACAAUUUUUGCACUUAGAGCAGUCAUGGUUCUAUACGUUAUCAUUCGUUUAUACCAAACUUUACUAAUCGAAGGACCCGUCUAUAUUCUUAUUUUUGCAAAAUCUUCCACCACAUUGAUUGUACCCAUUGUUUGGUCAAUAGUUAUGAUUGUAAUUUUAUUCUUACUAUCAUGCCCAUUUGAACAAUUUGAAACCAAGUUACAAAAUGUGCGGGCAGAGGAAGAAGUUAAGCCUGAGUAUAAGACGGGUUUAGAUAUUGGGGUUCCAUAUGAUGUUCAUCAAACUAAUGAUGGACGUCAAGAAACUAAUGGUGGGCAUCAAGGUCUUCAAGGACAGCAGGCUUAUCCACCACAGGAUUAUGUACUACCAACGUACACACAGCAACUUUUACAACAAACUCAAAGGCAACAAGCUCAAAGGCAACAAGCUCAGAGGCAACAACAGAUUCAGACGCAACAGACCCAGUCUCAAAGACUGCAGGCUCAGGCUUCAAGACAGCAAGCUUAUAUACCACAAUCCUAUGAGGAUCAGGGUCAUACCCAUGUACGGCAAUCUUAUGAAAGACGAGGUUAUGAGCAAGCUUAUGUUCCGCAGACUUAUGAACCCGCUUACAAGCCACGGACAUACGAGUCACAGACUUAUGAGCCACAGACAUAUGGGUCACGGUCACAGACAUACGAGUCACAGACACAGUCAUCGACAUAUGGAUCAUCACAGUCACCGACAUAUGGGUCACGGUCACAGACAUACGAUUCACAGACACAGUCAUCGACACAGUCACCGACAUAUGGGUCACGGUCACAGACAUACGAUUCGCAGACACAGUCGUCGACAUAUGGAUCAUCACAGUCACCGACAUAUGGUUCACGGUCACAGACAUAUUCUGAGCAAGAUUAUGGGCAACAAUUUUACUCGCCACGAGCUUAUGAGCAACCGCCACCACGAGCAGCAAUGACAAAUUUUGCACAAGGUAGACCAGUUCAUUAUAGUGCGUCUUCAUCAUCUGAUGAAUAA